GAGCCAAUAUCAUACCUCUUUCUAUUGAAAAUAACUUGUAAAGGUUCCUUUAAUACCCACUGCCAUGUUUGCACCUUGGAGACCAGGGUGAAAACCAAGUGAUUCUAAUGCUUUAAACAUAAAACCAACACUGCAAGUUCAACUCUUGCCCAUGACUAUUAUGAGAGUUUGAUUGGAGCGACAGAGAAUGGCGCAAUUCCUCCCUCAAGGGCUUGGAGCUCGACACAAAGCUUGGCUUCAAAAUUGAGGCGAUGCACUCACUUCCUCCCCAGCAGCCCCGCACGAUUAGGGUUUCACGUCGCAGCAAGUGUGUGACUUUCAAACAUUCCUACUUUUGCCAUUGCUGACAGAGAAGGCAAAGAAUCGUUAAACUGCCUGCCUGCCAGCCAGCUUAGGUGCGGCGCAACUACCUUUCAUGUCCCGUGUGUGUCCCGUUCCGCUAUUGUUCAUGGCACUGUCGAUGAAGCCUCGGCUUGCUCCCUCAGCCCUGUAAUGAUAUGGUCCAUUUGAUGACUACAUCGUUAGGUUAUACGGCAAGGGUCAUGGCAAUCUGCCCUCUGCAUGUACUUGCGGAGAAAGCACAUCGCUGUGGAGGUGUAUCGCUGAUGCAUUGAUUAAUCCAAGCAACCUAAUCGAGGCAGGCACGUGAUGUGGUGAAGUGACUAUCUAUUGUUGUAAGCUGUUCUGCUCCUGCUCGGGAAUUCUGGAAAUGUGUUAUGGAGAUGGACGAACAGAUGUUAAUUCUUCUUCCUCAAAGCUCGAAUGGUUGUAAUCCGGCAUUGCAACGAUGGUGCUGGUCACACCGUUCAGGAGAUGAAUGUGAUACAUGUUGAUUAUACAAAGCGUUGAAGAAGUUCUUGGUGUUAAUUUAUGAGGACCUUUUCUUGUAGAGUUUGGAGAAGUAUUCCCGCAUUUUUUUAGUGGAGGAAUUCUUCUCAGUAUUUCGACCUUCUUUCUUGGUUUUCGUUGUUGCUGUGGUUCGGACUUCAGAACCAAUUGCUUACACAAGACUCAUGUUAAGGUUAUUUACGCAUUGGUUUUGCGUUUGAGUUGGAUUGGAAGAGCCUUGCUAUAAGGUGGAUGAUGCACGAUAGCUGUCCAAGCACAACUCAUCACUGAGACUUUUGGUUGCCGCCUACUGUAUAUAUCCAUCUUGUGAGCUGCUGCCCUCUCACUCAAUUACAAAUGUGGAUGGUAUUGAAUGGACAACUCUGUUGACAAGAGGGCGCAAAUUUAAGAUCCGAGUUAAGAUAAAUUAUCCGGACAUGAUCACGGUAUUAAUAGUUUGAAUUGUUGGUUUAUAAGAGCACUUUAAAGGUUAGACAUCAGCUUAUGGUGGAAGAAGAAAGAUGACUAAAAAUGCGGAAGAUAAGGACAUGACUAAGAAUGGAGCACUGAAUUUUUGAUUCUGAAACUUUGUACAAUUCGUCGAUGGCCCUAACAAUGAAAUUGUAGCGCAAUCUGCAUUGCGGCCGAUUGGCAGGAAUCGUAGAAUAACCUGUUGCUCUUAGGGUUCUGGAUAAUACAUGGCGUUUUCAAAGUGUAAGUUAGAGUUGUGUAGACAUAAACGGAAGCAGAAUCUCCAGCGGCAAGUGCAGGAAACCCUUUGUCUCACUCCACCUGUGCCACCAAUAGGCCAGGUACAUCUCCCGAACAUGCAAUAUCUCCACGUUUAUUGAGACCUCAUCUUAAUUAUCUUCUUGGAUUGGGCAACGUUGAUCAGAAACAUCAUUUCACAGAAAUUAAAACUGGCCAAUUUUGAUUGACAAGAAGCAAGUGGGUUUUUUGUGAGUUUACCAGUGCUGUGCCUUUCCAAGUGGAUUCUAGUCCUUCUCGGGUUGCUCAGGUUGUCCAGGUUGUCUGAUUUGAGAUAUAGGUCUCUCGAGCACAACCUCCUUAUUAAAACACUCUAAGCCUGACUUCGGAAAAGUUGAAUAUUGGUUGUUCUUCUGGCCUAGGUCAUAAUAAGGGAAGAGAUGGUGUUGAAAGGCAUUUUGUCGAGCACUCCGCUACAGAUGUUUUACAAUUGACCCUUGCAGGCAUGUGGUAAUUGCUCUCUCACUUUUGAGAGGCAAAAGCAGGCAUGCCGCCAAUAUCAUGAGAAGUUACGAAUGAAUCGCAUUCUGCAGGUGCGAGCCCAAGAAAGGCUUUCGGCAUCACAGCGUGUAGCAGAGUUUGAGUAUCGUAAAACUGAAGAGAGCAAGCUACUCCUAAAUCAUCUCAAGGAGGUUUGGAAGAAAGAUCAGAGGCGGCGCAUUGAAAGUUUGGAGGAAGAAUUUGCGGGUGCAUGCCGGAGUAUUGGUCUUAGCCAUGAUGCUGCAGUGUUGGUCGAGAAGAACAGGGUAUAUUUUCCAUUUACUCGAGAUACUAUGUUGUCACCAUUUCUUGAUCAAUGUUGGGUUUAUUGUAAGUGCAGAAAAAAGAAUAUGCAGUGUAAAAAUGUAUUCCUAGCUUGUAAAAAUCUUGUUAUGUGCAUCCAUUUUUUUGCUCGUUGUCUUGGGUGGUUUAGUCGCGGUUUUCGCGUGGUCAAGGACAGUGCCUGACAGCCGUUUGUUGAGUGCAUAAUAGUCUUAAAAUAUGAGACAGGUUUUUGUGCACAAGUAAAAUUUCAGUUGAGCUUCUAGAUAGUCCUCAUAGAGGUCAUCUGGCGCGGUUGCUGUUGACGUGAAAGUUGCAUUUAUACUUGGAAUUAAAACACAACAGAGGUGAGGUAGAUCCUUGUUAGAACUUGCAGGCAGCAAAAGAGGAAUUGUUAGCAAGACAGGUGGUGGAGGGCAGGGGUUGGGACACUUUGCGGUUUGAGGAGGCCAUGCUUAAGGUGCAAUCAUGAAGUCAUUGUCAGGAAAUUUUAUUUACUACAUCACAUUCUGUGACUGACUUCCUACUGUUAUUCUGCAUGCUUACGUUCAAGCAAUAGAUCUACAAUUAUAGUUGAAUAAU